CCCCCUGCAGUAGUAAUAGUAGUAGUGCCGGCGGCAGCAGGAGCAGCAGCAGCACCAGAGGCAAGCCAAGCGCGCGCGAGAGCAGCACUUCCCCAGAGCCGGCUGGGCGCAGCCGGGUCUCGCGCCGCCUGCCCAGGACCCAUUCGGCGCUGUCCCGGCUCUCCGUCGGCCGACUCGGCCGACCCCUUUUGCCCGUCCGGGCAUGUCUGCGGCGCGGGGCUUCCCUUUAGCCAGAGACCUCGAGGGAGCGGGAAGGACCGGCAGCCUCAAGCGCCCGAGCCCACCAAAAUCACAACUAGCAAGAUGUUACUCCGUUGCGAUACCCCAUCAUGCAUCAUGCCUUGAUGUCAGAGUUACCAGGCAAGCUGGCUGGAGCAUAGAGUUCCCAUAUGGGACAUUAGACCAUGGGAAGAGCAAUUUGCGUGGAGCCUCAUUAGAUGAUGCAGAAUGUCUAUGGCCUAAGGAACUCAUUGCAUCUGGAAACAGCCAGACUUCCCAUUCAAAGGCAGGCCGCAACAUACCUCGGAGACACACUGUAGGAGGCCCUCGGAGUUCCAAAGAAAUUCUGGCAAUGCAGACAUCAGAUAUGGACAAGAAGAGAGAAGCUUUCUUGGAGCAUCUAAAGCAAAAGUAUCCCCAUCAUGCUACUGCAAUAAUGGGCCACCAGGAAAGAUUGAGAGAUCAGGCUUUGCAGUGCAUGUUGGUCUCCCUCCAUUCAGAACUUGACAUUCAAAGGUACUUGAUGAAAAUUGAAUCCUCUCAGAGAACAAGGAGCCCCAAACUGUCUCAAAGUCCGCAGCCCAAUUUGGGAGAUCAGGCUGAAUAUUUGUCAGAGGCGUCUGCCGACUCCUUGGAAAUCAUGUCUGAAGGCGAGGCCCCCUCUCCUUUUGCAAGAGGAAGCCGUACAAGGGCGAGUCUCCCGGUGGUGAGGACAACAAAUCAGACAAAGGAAAGAUCACUCGGUGUUUUAUACCUUCAGUAUGGUGAUGAAACUAAGCAGCUAAAGAUGCCCAACGAGAUCACAAGCACAGACACUAUUCGUGCCCUCUUUGUAAGUGCCUUCCCCCAGCAGCUGACCAUGAAAAUGUUGGAGUCCCCCAGUGUGGCCAUAUACAUCAAGGAUGAGAGCAGAAAUAUCUAUUAUGAAUUAAGUGAUGUAAGGAACAUUCAAGAUAGAUCUUUCCUUAAAGUUUACAACAAAGAUCCUGCACAUGCGUUUAAUCAUAUGUCCAGAGCUAUCAAUGGAGAUGUAAGGAUGCAGAGAGAAAUUUUCCCCAAUGCUUCUCGACCAGGAUCUGCUUCACACCCUCCUCACACACUUCCAACUUCACCACCUGCUACCCCAGUGCCCCACUCAAUGCCUCCUUCCCCCUCCCGCAUCCCCUAUGGCACUGUCAGGCCAGUCAGCGGCCCUGGUAAUGCCACUAUUCCAAGGGACAGGCUUUCGAGCAUGCCAGCCUCAAGAUCUAUCUCGCCCAGCCCUAGUGCCAUCUUGGAAAGAAGAGACGUGAAACCGGAUGAAGACAUGGGCAAUAAAUCUCUGACUCUUUUUCGAAAUGAGGGGCUGUACGCGGACCCCUACUUGUAUCACGAGGGAAGGAUGAGUAUAGCAGGUUCCCAUACAGGACACCCUCUGGAUAUACCUGACCACGUUGUUGCCUAUCAUCGCAGCACAAUGAGAUCUUCAAACACUUACUGUAAUCCUCCAAUGCCUCCUGAAAUAAUGGAGCAGUCGCUGUACCGGCAGAAGUCAAGGAAGUAUCCUGACAGUCACUUGCCCACCCUGAGCUCCAAAACACCUCCCACCUCUCCUCACAGAAUGGUAGACAUGAGAAUGAUAGACAUUCACACUCACCAUAACACACAAGUGUCUCCUCACACCAUUCACCUUGACAGGUCAUCUCCUGGUCGCCAGUCUCUCAAGAAAGAUGCAGGAACUCCUGUGUUUGUGGAGGGGAAACCACGGAAUGCUAUGAGCAUAUCUGGCAUGGUUGAGGUAGUCCCAUCGGUACCUGAGAAGAAAGCUUUUGGCUAUGGAAAUGCAGUGAUACCCAAAGAAAACGAGACCAGAGAGAGGAUGCAAGCCAUGGAGAAACAGAUUGCCAGUUUAACUGGUCUUGUUCAGUCUGCGCUUUUAAAAGGGCCAAAUACAAGUAAUAGCAAAGAUGCAUCUAGUGAGAAGAUGUUGAAAACUGUUCCCAGUAGAAGCAGCACUGACAAGACAGGAUCUCUUCAUGUGUCGAGUGGGAAGAAUUCAUUAGGAGCCACUGAGGCAGCCAGUUCAAGUCCCAGCCAUUCCCUUCCAGUGGGUUCCACAGCCAUGCAAGUCAGCCUCUUUGACAUGAAACGCAAUGUGUCAGAUCUCCGUUUUCAACUACACCAGAUGAGACAGCUGCAGCUGCAGAACCAGGAGACGCUAAAGGCGAUGGUGAAGAAAGCUGAGCUGGAAAUCAAUGACAAAGUGUUUGAAAGAGCAAAGAGGCUUGAAGAUCCUGUGCAACGACAGCGCCACCUGGUGGAGCAAGAAAGGCAGAAAUACCUUCUUGAGGAGGAAAGGAUUGUGAAGAGUUUGUGUGACCUGGAAAGUUUUGUGGAAGAUCUGAAGAAAGAAUCUAUGAUGACUAACCGAAUAGUUACGUUGAAAGAUGUUGAAGACGGAGCUUGUCUCCUACGGCAAGUUGGAGAAGCUGUUGCCACUCUCAAAGGUGAAUUUCCAACAUUACAGAAUAAAAUGCGAUCAAUUCUCCGCAUUGAAGUGGAAGCUGUAAGAUUUUUAAAGGAGGAACCUCAUAAACUAGACAUCUUACUGAAGAGAGUGCGGAACAUGACCGAUACCCUUACCGCCCUCCGAAGGCAUGUUACAGAUGGUCUGCUGAAAGGUGUGGAUCCCUCCCAGGCUGCUCAGUACAAUGCCAUGGAGAAAACCACAGCAGCAGAGGUUCUCAAAAGCCAAGAAGAUAUGGGAAAUCGUCACACUUCUCCACAGCAGACGGUGGCUGAGCCCCCAGCAGAGUCAUCUAUUAAGUCGGAAGUGAUCCCCGUCUCCACUGUGACUGUCCACCACGUGCAGAGCUCCCCAGUGGUCAUCCAUCAGUCUCAGCAUUCAUCUUCACUGGUCAGCCAGCCUCCCAGUUCUCCUCCCACAAACAGUCUCCCAGCAGCUUUGUCUGGGCCCAGCCACCCAGCCCCUGCCAUGUCAGAGUCUGCGAUAGUCACAGCGACAACCACCCAGCAAACACAGAUGCCUCACUCGCCUCAGGUUUCUGUGAAUGGCUCUGCUAUGCAAAGCCUUUUCAUUGAAGAACUUCACAAUGCCACGACAAGGAACAGAGCGCUGUUGAUCGAGAAAGCAGAGAGGAAGUGGGAAGAAAAAAGGCAGAACCUGGAUCAUUACAAUGGGAAAGAGUUUGAAAAACUCCUUGAAGAAGCACAAGCAAACAUCAUGAAAUCCAUCCCAAACCUCGAGAUGCCUCCACAAACAGCUGCCUCACCAAAACCUGACGCAACAGAAAAAUUAGAAGUCUCUGAAGAGGCUGUCAACACAGAACAAGAGAUGGAAAAACCAGUGAAGUCCCCACCUCCUCCACCUCCACGCCGCAGCUAUCUGGUAGGACCUGGACUAAGCACAAGACUGGGUGAAAUCAGCUACAUCACCAGGAAGGAGACUACUGUAGCUAAGGAAAGUAAUGAGGAUGCUAGUCAACAAUCUCAGUCCAAAGUACCAAAAGAAGAUCGGGGUUCACCCCAGUCUCUAGUUACAGGCACAGUUCCAUCUGCAAAGGAUGAAGAAGAAGAAGAAGAAGAUAGAAUAAUGGCAGAACUACAGGCUUUCCAGAAGUGCUCUUACAUGGAUAUAAACUCAAACAGUCAUGUUGAACAGUCCAGAAAUGACACACACACAAAAGAUGCAGGGCCUGUGGCCUUAACACAACCCAAGGAGAAGAAGGUGUAUGGGGAGGCAACAAAAGAUAGUGACGAUCACAAGGACAAGACUGAAGGGAGAAUGGAAGAGAUGGUCUCGGAUGCUUCCAGCAUUGCUGAAAACUCUACCUCCAACAAACAUUUGUUUAUGGAGAAUAAGGAUUAUGCCCCCCUAAAUUCUCUUAAGUCAAACUCAGACCUCUCCUGUGUGUCAGAAAAUGAAAGAAGAAAUGGAUCUGAGGAAGCACACUAUCCAGCAGUCGAAACUGGAAGACAAAAGCUAAAGUAUGGUGUAGAGAGAGAGACUGGUUAUAAUGCAUCACAGAGUGAGCUCCAUGGAAGUGAUGGCUCAGCUUUUGUCAAACAAAUGGACUCAGAUACUGAGGAAAUUUCAUUAGCUUCUACAUUACUACAUGAGCAAGAAGUGCCUGCUAAUGGCCAGAGUCAAGUAGUGCUCAGACACAAGGUAUCCAAGAACAUUACCUUAAAUAAUAUUGAUGAGGUAGAGUCGCCAACAAGCUCUCCAGGUGAAGAAAAUCUACAGUCAGAGAAUGUUGCUUUCAUGAUUACCAAAACAGCGGUCCAGUUUCUGUCAAGUGGAGAGGUCCACGAUAUAGUAAACAGAAAGGGUGAGGAUGUGCAGACUGUUAACAUCGAUUCCAAUCAGGAACCAAUAAAUCAGCAAGGCAUAUCAGACAAUCCUGAAACUGAGGAACCAGUUGUUUGCUUGGACAAAAAACCAGUCAUCAUUAUUUUUGACGAGCCAAUGGAUAUCAGAUCAGCUUAUAAAAGACUUUCAACAAUAUUUGAAGAAUGUGAUGAGGAACUAGAAAAAAUGAUGACAGAAGAGAAGAUAGAGGAGGAGGAGGAGGAGGAGAAUGAAGAAUUAGACAUGGCUGAUGCUCACAUUGCAAAACAGACCCAAACAGAUAGGAGGAAGUAUACAGCUGAAUACACAGGAAGACACAGAUUUGAGGAUCAGAUUGGAGCCCAUUCUUCACCUGAUUCAGCAACUGGCAUCACUGAAGGGCAAGAAAUGGACAAGAUGGAUCUUGGGAAACCUAGUUACCUGGAUGGGCCACAUCCAGAGCCAAAGCUGGAUGCACAUGAGGUGAAGAAAAAAUUCAAAUUUAAAUUUCCUAAAAAGCAAUUGGCCGCUCUUACACAGGCCAUACGCACAGGAACAAAAACUGGGAAGAAGACUUUGCAGGUGGUGGUGUAUGAAGAGGAAGAGGAAGAUGGUACUUUAAAACAGCACAAAGAAGCUAAACGAUUUGAGAUCCCUAGUUCUCAGCCUGAGGACCUUUCUGGUAAACAAGAACCAAAUGUACAGACGUCUAGGACUGAUGAAAUUAGAAAGAAUACUUACAAGACUCUGGACAGUUUGGAACAGACUAUUAAGCAGCUGGAAAACACCAUUAGCGAGAUGAGUCCAAAAUCAAUUCCUGGAGUCACAGGCAGAUUGGAAGGAGUUUCUGGCUCAGGCAGCUUUUUCUCACCAAAAGAAUCCAUUGUGCUGGAACAGAGUAAUGCUGAUGUUGAAUCCCCAUCAUCAAUGCCAUCAACCUCCCACAAGGCUCCAACCAGCACUUCCCAGACAAGUAGAAUGCCAAUCCCAGUGUCCACCAAAAGUAGACAACCAGGAAAUGUGGACAAAACAAGCAAACAACACAAGCUGCGGGAUCAACGUCAGUACAGACAGGCUAACGGAAAUGCUAAGAAAGCUGGUGGGGACUAUAAGGCUACUUCCCCUACCCUGCCUGCUUCAAAAAUCCCAGCCUUUUCUUCCAUCUCUGGGAAAAGUAGUUCUGUGUCUAGUGGUGAUAGCACUAACCUUCCAGCUCCACCUACUAAAGCCUCUGCCCCACCUUAUAACCCUCUCAGUCCUCCAGCAGGUCGCCCUACUCAUUCUGCUUCUUUAAUUCCUUCUGUUUCUAAUGGCUCUCUAAAGUUCCAGAGUCCUACUCAAACAGGAAAAGGCCAUCACCAUCCUUCAUUCUUCAUACCGGCUCAAAAUGGCCGCCCAACCCCUCUGCCUCCAUCUCCUUUUCCUUCAUCCUCCUUCUCCUCUUCCUCCUCCACCUCUCCCACAUUGCUGAACCAAGGUAUGAAGAGCAUCCGGUCAAUCCACACACCCAGCUUCACCAGCUACAAGUCCCAGAAUGGAGGCGUCAGCAAAUCCACCCCAUCUUCCACCACCACAAAGGAACCAUCUUGAAAUUUAUAUAUAAUGUGUACUGGUGUAUGCAUUCACUAAAGUCUUCUCAGUCACUGAUGACACUGCAAUGUUAGCUGAGGGAUGUGUACCAAUCCUGCUGUAUCAUUUCAGGCUUAGUACUAAACUUGUGCUAAAUAUUGGGUUGAUACUUAAAAUGCAUUCAUUACUGUUGGAAUACCAGAGUGGGUUGGGGAGGUGGGGGGGAGGAGAAGAGUCUGUGUGUGCGCGCG